UUUUUAAUCUUUCUCUUUAUAACUAACCGAGCAAACAACAAUUUAACUCGCCAUCAUUAUCGACAGCAAUUUUCCGCCGUUGAUCACUGAUCGUAAUCGUGAUCAUGGAGGUGCGCCCAAAUCAGACGCUCGAUAACUCGUCGAUCCAUCAGCCACAUGCACCUGCCGCUGCAUCGAAGCAGCCAGCUGCAGCUCCGAACACCGUCGAUUCAACAUCCGUUUCUCAGAGGCUGCAGAAGGAAUUGAUGUCGCUAAUGAUGGGCGGAGGAGACCUUGGAGUCUCAGCUUUUCCUGAAGCCGAGAGCAUUUUCACUUGGAUCGGCACAAUUGAUGGCGGGAAAGGAACUAUGUAUGAGGGUUUGUCAUACAAACUUUCUUUGCGGUUUCCCUUGGACUACCCUUUCAAGCCACCCCAGGUCAAAUUCAAGACUAUGUGCUUCCAUCCAAAUGUUGAUCAGUUUGGCAACAUAUGCCUUGACAUCCUUCAGGACAAGUGGUCUUCUGCCUAUGACUGCAGAACUAUUCUAUUGUCCAUUCAAAGUUUAUUAGGAGAGCCUAACCCUGAGAGUCCUCUUAACAGCUAUGCUGCAGCUCUGUGGAGCAACAAGGAAGGUUGGACACAGUUUAUAUCUUCAUCACCUAGUAAAUUAGCGACUAUAGAAAAAUGGUUCACAAGCAGUAUUAUGGUGAGGUAUUGGAGAGCUAAUCUGAAGAGCAGAACAGAGGAGGAAUGUAGAUUUUGAAUAGCCAUGCAGUGUCUCCGUAAAAGGGUUUGUUUCAUCUUGAUGUGUGGAAUUGACAUCAUUGUUGAUACAUAUUACAAUACAUUAUACAGGGGGUAAGUUGUAUCGCUCUUUCUCUCUUUCCUCAUCCGAUGAGUGGAUACUUUUUCUCUUGUAAUUGCAAAGUAAAGUCUACAUAAUGUUGUAAAUUGCUUCAGUCAAUUGAAACGGUCUGGCUGUUUCAUAUGCAAUUCGGAACAUUUUAAAAUUGUAACCAUUUGAUGAUUUUUAUGCUCCCGAAGAGUGGCCUCUCACCAUGUUGAUUUAUGUUGUCA